UAUAUCUUGGUUGGGACUAAGUUGUGAAUUAGAGGUCUUUAUCCUUCCUAUUUUGCUAUAUUCAGUGGCUUGUUGAGGAAGGAAGAUGGCUAGAUGCCAAGAUGGAACAAUCACAAGCAGCAAACUGGUUGAAGCUUCUCCCAUUGUGGUAAUAUAUACAUUCUUGUUCAUUUUCCUUCUUAAGCUAAACCAUCCAUGAUUUGGAUCUGUUAGUUGUUAAAUUCCUCUGGAGCAUAAGCAGUUGAAUUUAUUUCUGUGGUAACCAAUCUUGCUAGAGCGAUUCUGCUUUAUGUUUUGGUGCAUUGUCACUUUACUGUGAGCAACAUGAAGAAAGGCCUUGACCUUGCUUAUUGGUUGUCUUGUUCAUCGUAGAUGAGAUAGUGCCCUUGUGUUUCUCUUUUCAGUCGAGGUGACAGUCUGAUGAAAAAGCUUGUGACUCAUUAUGAACUCACAGGACCGAUUUCGCCCAAUCUCCUUGAAUUCACAAGUUCAACCAUCCUGUCCAUUCUGUACAGGCAAGAAUGAUAGUUGCCAGAUAGUCCGAUCAAGAACUAAGCUAAUGAAUAUUAUGAUGAAGAGAAGGAAGCCCAAAGAAGCCGAAUCCAUAUUCGAUGGUCUAAUGGAAGAUGGACACAAGCCAAUCCUUCUAACCUACACCACUCUUGUUGCUGCAUUGACUCGUCAAAGGCGUUUCAAGUCCAUCCCCUCUUUGAUAUCCAAAGUUGAAGAAAGUGGGCUUAAACCUGAUUCCAUACUCUUCAAUUCGAUCAUCAAUGCAUUUUCUGAAUCUGGAAAUGUAAAAGGCGCAAUGAUAAUUUUCCAGAAGAUGAAGAGCAGUGGAUGUAAGCCCACCACCAGCACUGUCAAUACUCUUAUCAAAGCAUAUGGAAAUGCUGGUCAGCCCGAACAAGCUUCAGAUUUGUUGGAGUCAUUGUUAAAGGAAGAAGACGUGAAGCCAAAUGAGAGGACAUACAAUAUACUAGUUAGAGCUUGGUGUAACAAGAGAAACAUUGAUGAAGCUUGGAAUGUGGUAGACAAGAUGGUUGCAUUUGGUUUUAAGCCAGAUGUUGUCACAUUUAACAUACUAGCUAGGGCUUAUGCUGAGAUAGGCAUGACGAGCAGAGCAGAAGACUUGUUGUCUGAGAUGCAGAGAAAUAGAUUGGCGCCAAACGAGCGGACUUGUGGUAUCAUUGUGAAUGGAUAUUGCAAUGAAGGUAAUAUGGUGGAAGCCUCCCGGUUUGUGUACAGGAUGGAAAACCUUGGAGUGCAUCCCAAUCUCAUCGUCUUCAAUUGUCUCAUUCAAGGAUUUGUAGAUAGCCUGGACAAGGAUGGAGUUGAGGAGGUACUUGAUGCUAUGGAGGAGUACGGAAUCAAGCCUGACGUGGUGACCUUCAGCAUGAUAAUGGAUGCAUGGGGAUCUGCAGGUAUCAUGGACCAAUGCCUAGAGAUAUUCAACGACAUGUUGAAAGCUGGAAUCGAACCAGACAUCCAUGCAUUCAGCAUCCUCGCGAAAGGUUACGUGCGAGCUGGGGAACCAGAUAAGGCUCAGUCGGUUCUGGCAUCCAUGGGACACUACAACGUGCGCCCAAACGUAGUAAUAUGCACCACCAUCAUCAGCGGCUGGUGUAGUGCUGGAGAAAUGGACACUGCAAUGGAAGUCUACGAGAGGAUGUGUGAGAUAGGGAUUUCGCCGAAUUUGAAAACGUUCGAGACUCUGAUAUGGGGAUAUGGAGAGGCCAGGCAACCAUGGAAAGCACAGGAGUUGCUGCAAAUCAUGGAGGAGAAAGGAGUGUCUCCAGGGAAGAGCACUAUGCAGCUCAUUUCAGAUGCCUGGCUAGCCGUUGGUUUAACAAGUGAAGGCAAGAGAAUUGUGAAUGAAGGAGAAGAAGCAGCAGCAAAUUCUAAGGUUGCUUUAGAUACAAGAGAGGAUGAGUUCCCGAAAGACCUAGAUCUCUUGGCCUCUUAUUCCAACGUGUUGGAGUUUCCUGGAGGUACUCUGAAGGGUCCAAAUGGAUCAUCAUCUCCUGUUGUUAAGAUGAGAAGCCAAAUGAUUCUAAAAAGCCCCAGGUCUGCAUCAGAGACCUUAUUGCCAAGUCAGAAAUCAAAGUUCUUUUUUCGCGCAUCUGGUUUUGGAAGGCAACCACGAGUUAUCUGUAGAAGGCAGGAUCAAAGCUUUUAUUGCAUUUGUGGGAAGUUCAUGAGAUCAUGUGGCAUCUUGUCCAUUGCGUAAAGAUGGUGGAGCUCAUGUUACCUGCUUCUAUGCUUGUAAGGUGUCGAAGAACAGUAUGCGGUAUUUUGGAAUGAACUCUCAGAAGUGCUUCCUGAAGUUGUAGAUACACAUUUGUUGUUGUAUUGUAAUUGAAACCACAGUGCUUAGCUUCUUUUGUUAUUGACUACACAUGUAGCCUGUAGGUAACAUUGUAUGCAAAUAUCUCCUCGAAUUGCCUUACAGCUAUAUCCAGAUGGGUAGACAUGUUCAUAAACUAUAAUGUGC